UAACGCACUACUCUACUUAUUCCCCCUCCCCCACGGGAUGCAUACUUCAUGCAGUUCGCAAGUAUGUGUUGCUAAGUUCACCUACACUUGGCAGUUAGCUGCGAGCUUUGUGAAAGAAAGUUUCUUAGCUGCAACUCAUGUUUUUAACCAAACUUCAAGGCUGUGUUUGCUGUCAAUCUGUGCCAGACAAAGAAACAGAUGAGUCUUGCAGUGAUAAAAAAUCAGAAGAUAUUAUAUGCUCUUUGCCACGUAAAUCUGAAGACUGGACUGUUAUAGCAAAUAAUCUAGCUUUAGAAAGAGAUUAUGAAAGUAGAGUAGCUGCAGUUACUUGUCAACAGAGCACACGUGUAAAGCAACCUUCAAGUAAAGUAUCUAAAGAUCAAACUCAAGAAAAGCAAGUUUUUGUAAAAACACUUUCCAAGAAUCAAGAUAAACUGCAAAAAUUAUUAGAACCAGAUGAACAUGAAACUAGAGUAACUGCACUCUAUUGUCAACAGAGCACAUAUGUAAAGCAACCAUUAAGUAGCGUACCUGAAGACGAAACUCAAGAAGAGGAGACUUUUGUAGAAACACUUUCUAAGGAUCAAGAUAAACUGCAAAAAUUAUUAGGACGAGAUGAACACAAAGCUAGAGUAACUUCACUACAUUGUCAACAGAGCACAUAUGUAAAGCAACCAUUGAGUAGCGUUCCUGAAGACGAAACUCAAGAAGAAGAGACUUUGGUAGAAACACUUCCUAAGGAUCAAGAUGAAUUUCAAAAAUUAUUAGAACUAGAUGAACAAGAAACUAGAGUAACUGCAAUCUCUUAUCAACAGAGCACAUGUAUAAAGCAACCUUUAAGUAGUGUACCUGAAGACAAAACUCAUGAAGAUCAGACUUUUGUAGAAACACUUUCUAAGGAUCCAGAUACACUGCAAAACUUAUCAGAACAAGAGGAACACGGAACUAGAAUAACUGCACUCUCUUAUCAACAAAGUGUACCUGAAAACGAAAUUCGAGAAGACCAGACUUUUGUAGAAACACUUUCUAAGGAUCUAGAUACACUGCAAAACUUAUCAGAACAAGAGGAACACGAAACUAGAAUAACUGAACUCUCUUAUCAACAAAGUGUACCUGAAAACGAAUUUCAAGAAGAUCAGACUUUUGUAGAAACACUUUCUAAGGAUCAAGAUACACUGCAAAAAUUAUCAGAACCAGAUAAUCAAUUGAAAACUAUUGAUAGUUCUGCUGAAAAUCAUCUAGAAGAAUUUAUAGAAGAUGCAAGACUGGUAGAGUCAGCACAAUCUGAGCAGAAGAUUAAAUCUGAAGAAUUCUCUGAAGAAGUUUGUGUAAACAACUUUGACACUGUGGAAGAAAACGAAAUAAAGAAAGGUCAGCCAAGUGUUGAAGAAGAUUCUAUAAAGAUUGUUGAGAAAGAGCAACAAGGUGAAACAUCAGAGUUUUCCACUGAAAGUGUAAUAUUGAAAGAGAAACAUUUGAGCGUUGAGUUUUCUUCUGAACUCAGUGGGAAAACUGUCUUGCCAUUAUUAAAUGAAGAUUUGUCUGUGACUGAUGCUACUUCGAACUCAUUUUCUGAAUGUAACUUGCCCCAACUAUUACCAUUGAAUCAAGAGAUAAGUUCAGAAACAACCAAUUCUUUGUCAAAAAUGUCUUCUAAAUUGUCAGACAAUCAAAUAAAAUGUAAUGAAAAUAAGCAAGAUAUGGAUAAUACUCCAGCAUUUUUAAACCUUGAUAACUUAUGUGAUAAUUCUGAUAAAGCCAAAGUUGAUUCAACACAUGAAUCCAAAACAGAGACAAAUGGCGCAACUUUACAUUUACCUUGUGAUGACAUUGAAAAGCCUAUCAGUUCUUUAAAUGAAUGCAUCAGUUUACUCACUAACUUAGAUAGUACAUUGGCCAAUAAACGAGAAGAAAGUCCUGCCAGUGAUGAACUGAUUGACACUUUAGUUUAUGAACCUGAUGAGGAGGAGGAGGAGGAGGAGGAAGAAAAUGUAGAAACCACAACCAGUUCCUUAGAAGAAGCAAAAAGUACAGUAGAUUCACCAACUGUUGAAAUUAAGAAGGAAUCUGAAGAAAUUUUGAAUGAAGUUAAAUUAAAUAACACUGAACUGAAACCAGCUCCAGACGUUCUACCUGACAGUAUUUCAUCUGUGCCAGAAACAAUAAAAAAUACUGAUUCUUCCUCUAAAGAUGAUGAAAAGACAGGAAAUAGUAGUAGUACUGUUAAGAAGAAAAAUAAGAAGAAUAAAAGCACUGAAGAUCAUUCAACAGGAAAUCAAAGUGUCAAUCAUCAAAACACUGUUGCAGUGAAAUCUGAAAAGCCAACUGAAAAUAUAUCAAAACCACAUAGCACAAAGAACAAAAAGAAAGAGGAUAAAACUGCUGAUCAUGUCUUGAAGUCCUUAAGCAAUAUACCAACAGCUGAAGGAAAAUUAUCAGCACUUUCUAAGAAGUACACUGCCAUGAAUGAAGAAAAUCGAACCCUAACUACUAAUCAGAGAGUGAUAGAAAGAAAACUCUUGGUGUUAUCCAGACAAAAGGAUCAGCUUCAACUUGAGAACAACAAAUCUUUGAUGGCUAAAAGUCGAUUAGAAAGUUUAUGUCGUGAGCUUCAAAAACACAAUCGAAUCAUUAAGGAAGAAAGUUUAGCUCGUGCUAAAGAAGAAGAUGAGAAACGGAAAGAAAUAUCUUCGAAAUUUCAGACAACCAUUAAUGAUAUUCAAGCUCAGAUGGUAGACAACCACAAUCGUAAUAUGAAACUGAGGGAAGAGAAUACAGAAUUGGCAACAAAGCUAAAGAACUUUCUUGAGCAAUAUGAACAAAGAGAAAAGUAUUUCGAGAAAGUGGCUAAACAUCGAGAAUUGGAACAGCAGCUAGUAGAUACGAAACUGAAGCAAGCAGCAAUGCAGUUGGUUGAAGAAAGAGAAAAAAGUAAAAAAGAAAAGGAAUUGAUGGCACUGAAAACAGUAGAAAGUGAAUCAAAAAUGGUAAUGCUUGAAACACAGGUAAAGACAUACAAAGACCGUUACAGUGAAUUCCAGUCAACUAUUACAAAAAGUAAUGAUAUGUUUAGUAAAUUAAAAGGUGAAAUGGAUAAGAUGAGUGGAAAAAUUAGAAAACUUGAGAAAGAUAGCGCUGCAUGGAAAAAUAAAUGGGAAAAUUGUAAUAAAGCCUUGAUAGGAAUGAUUGAUCAAAAAACUUCAAGUGAUAAAGAACGUAUAUUAUUGCUUACAAAAAUUCAAAAAUUAGAAUCCUUAUGCAGAGCGCAGCAAGAACGUCUGAGAGCACAGAAAAGUCCUCCUCCCUCAACUGAAGCAACUUGUCAGAAGUGUAAAAAUGAAUCCAUCCCAACUUCACAAAAUGUAGAUAGUGAAUCGACCAACCAGGCAGCAAAUAAUGAUGAAACUGCUAUGACUAAAAAUGCGGAUUCAUCAGAAACAAGUCCUGCUGCAGAUCUUGAAAAAGCAACUGCUCAGAAAAACAAAGCUGAAAUUUCUUCACACCCUUCUGAGGAGGUAUCCUUAUCCGCUCAAACGCCUGUUGCCACUUGUUCUGAAUCUAGCAAUGCAUGUGAAGCCUCUCAACACAUUGAAACUUCUGAUAAAGAAAACUUUAGUGAAACAGAACAUUCAAAUAAUGUGGAAAGCACUUCAUCUGGUUGUAAUAAUGUAGCAGAAGAAGUCAGACAGGUUGAAACAACUGCAUUGGUAUCUUAAUAAUUAAAGAUCACUGGCAAACUUCUAUGUUUGUAGCACGUUUAGUGAACAGCACAACCUUUUUUUAACUGAUUUUAAAUCUCAUUUCAGAAAAAAAAUCUUAAUUUUUUUUUAAGAAUCUCAGUCUCUUGUUUGCAUUAGAUUGGCCUUUUAAAUCCCCUUUUCUGUUGGUUUAUUCUCUUUUAUUUGAACUAAAUUAUAAUAACAAACAUUCUCAAAAUAUUAGUAUUGCUAUACCAGAUAUAAAAUCAGAACUUGCCCUACCUCAUCUGAUGGAACAAUCUAAUUUAGCUGAAUAGGAAGAAAAAGAAGAAAGCCUUCAAUUUUCGUUUUAAAAUCUUUCUGCUCUAUAUAUUGUUUAACCAUAACCAUCUUUCUGGACUGAAUAAAAUUAAUUUUCGAAAUAGCAGAUAUGAAAACCUGUUUGCUGUAUAAUUAAGAAAGAACUUAAUCUUUUCUCUUUAAGAUAGAAAUAACAUUAACUUAAUAAGAAAAGAUAGAAUACAUUCUAAAGUUUUGUAUAUUUUUAUGAUCAUCAUGAUGUUUCAGAUGAAUAAAAGUAUAUUAAUUGUUCCUACUCUUUUGAUACUAACUUGCCUGAAACCAUCUCUGGUUCUUUAUUACAAAACUGCCAAAUUUAAUUAAAACCUUCCAGCAUAAUAAUGAAAAAUGUUAGUCAUUUUACUAACCAAAUUCUUGAUUGUUUUAAAAUUUAAUUGCAACUGUGUAUUUCAGAAAUAUUGCUAUGAAAGGUUUUAACUAAGUCUUAUGAUUAUUUUAAAAACUGUUUAUCUUUUAAAGACUGAAGCAAUACGUGAACCACUUACUUUUAUAUAUAAUCAAACUAUUUUAAUUCCUCACAAUUAGCUCCAACACUUUUCUUCCCUAUCCCUUUUGAUAAGAGAUGUUCGCAUAAAGAUUUUUGUUUUUAUUAUAUUUGAAAUAUAACAAAGAAUUUCUUUGUUGUCUUAUUUUGAGCAUGGGAAUUUGUUUUCAUGCAAUAUAUCUUCAAAGAUUGGAUGGUUUUAACAUCCAAGCUAAAAAAUUUUUUUCUAGUUUAAAAAUAUGCCUCAUUUGUGACCUAAGGAGUCUAUUUCAAACUGUCUCUGCCUUCUAAAAGUAAUUUUUAAAAAAAUUUUAAAUUUGUUUCUUUUAUGUUAUUAUAGAAGCAUGAAAGAAGUUUUGGCUGACUUAAAAUUUAAAUAAUUUCAAUUAGUUUGCUGAUAACAAAAAAUCAGCCUCUGGCUUUGUACCUAUUUUUAUAUAAUAAUGCUUUCAAUAAAUUUAUUUAUUUAUUGUAAUAUUUUGCUUAUAUUUCUUAUAUCCUUCCAUUAAUGAAACUGCCAGGUUUAUUUCUGAACUUUGUUUUGUUUUUUUCUUUGUAGAAUCUCUUGCUAACAUAAUUUCCAUGCAACAAAUGCAUAAUAUAUGAAUGUGUUGAUGUUUGUAUUUAUGUGUGUGACUUUUUUGAAAAAAAAAUGAUUGCUAGUGUAUAAAUCUCCAACAUCAGAAAGUUAAGGUUUAUAUAUGACAUUGGAUUCUUUAUAUUAUUGACAUUGAAUUAUUACAUUGGAUAUUUGUUGCUUGUUUCAUUUUUCAUGUUGAUCUCUUAAGAUUUACUCUAGUGUCUUAGGAGAUAAUGAACAGAAACCAAGGAAUAACAGUUAAACAAACCCUGUGAUAUUUAUACAGUCCAAGGCUAGUUAUGUAUUCUAUUACUCAUUUAAUAUGGGAAUCCAUGUACCAAAUGAAUAAACAAUGGAAAUAUUUAAGUCUCUUCUAA